AGUGAAGAUAGAGAAAUAGAAGACCCUUCACUGAAUGCUAAUGUUGGAGUUGUUACCGGAGAGGUAAGUUCGUCUUCUUCUGUCGAGGAGGGCGAAAUCGAGGACGAGGAAGAAAUUGUAAAUCAUGGUGGAGAUGUUCUCAAAAAAGGUGACGGAAUAUCAACACAAUCGCGCAACAAAACUAUAAACUUAAAUCCUGAAGCUGGGAGAAACAAACUCGCCAGAGAGAGCAGUCCAGGGUGGGCAUGGGAUGAUGAAGAAAUUGGAGAUUGA